AUGGCGGACUGUGUCAGAAAACGCAAAGCGUUGACGCUGCUUCAGAAGUUUGACCCCUGGUGGCGGCUUCCAGUAUCCACUGAUAGGAAAACGUCUCGCAACCGUCCUCUUACAGUGAGCAAGACGGAGCGUGUGCCAGACUCCUUCGGCUGCUCCCAGUGCGCCAGCGUGUUCACCACGGAGGAGACGCUCGCAAGGCACCUGCAGGCCAAGCACCUUCACAAGGGGGGAAAGCACCGGUGCAGGUUCUGCGACUACUCCAGCGACAAGACGUACAACAUCCAGAAGCACGAGAGGAGGCACACGGCCAAGAAGACGGAGCGUGUACCAGAUUCAUUCAGCUGCUCGGAGUGUAAGAGAGAGUUUGACACAGAGGUCUCACUCAGAAGGCACAGCAGGGCCAAGCACCCUCACAAGGGAGGAAACCACCAGUGCAGAUUCUGCGACUACUCCAGCCGCAAGAUGAACCACGUCAAGGAUCACGAGAGGACGCACACGGGCGAAAGGCCGUACGCAUGCAAAGUGUGUCGUAAGAAAUUUGUACAGAAAAGUCACCUCGUGUACCAUGCAAGGACAGUUCACUGAGGCCGGAAGAAGCACACGUGUGCCACCUGUGGGCACACGUUUCGAGACUGACACAACCACGACUACUGGAUUGUAACGACCGUGUCGUAGGCACCCCUUCCCAGCGCGGCAUUUUUGGAAGGUAGCGGUGGCGCUACUCAU